CCCACUAUAUAAAAUCCCCACUUUCUCCUCAUAGAUCAAACAAAUUUACAGUCCACAAUAGUAGUCUUGUUCUCAAAGAAAUCUCAAAAAGCAAAAAAGAAAAAAAAUCCAAUCGCCGGAGCUUCGAGCAUGUCGGGAAUGGAGAGAUUACAGCGGAUGUUCGCCGGAGCUGGCGGCGCGUUAGGCCACCCGCCACCAGAUUCUCCUACACUCGACUCUUCCGAACAAGUUUACAUCUCUUCUCUUGCUCUCCUCAAAAUGCUUAAACACGGGAGGGCUGGAGUCCCUAUGGAAGUGAUGGGACUGAUGUUAGGGGAAUUCGUCGAUGAGUAUACAGUGCGUGUUGUGGAUGUGUUUGCUAUGCCUCAGAGUGGUACUGGCGUGAGUGUUGAAGCUGUUGAUCAUGUUUUCCAGACCAAUAUGCUAGACAUGCUCAAGCAGACUGGGAGACCUGAGAUGGUUGUUGGUUGGUAUCAUUCACAUCCUGGAUUUGGCUGCUGGCUUUCUGGUGUUGACAUCAAUACUCAGCAGAGUUUUGAAGCACUGAAUCAACGAGCAGUGGCUGUGGUGGUGGAUCCUAUUCAGAGUGUUAAAGGGAAGGUGGUAAUUGAUGCCUUUCGCUUGAUCAAUCCCCAAACAAUGAUGCUUGGCCAAGAGCCACGUCAGACAACAUCAAAUCUGGGACAUCUGAACAAACCUUCUAUUCAAGCAUUGAUCCAUGGUUUGAACAGACACUACUACUCAAUAGCCAUAAACUACAGAAAGAAUGAACUUGAAGAGAAGAUGCUACUGAAUCUUCACAAGAAGAAAUGGACAGAUGGACUCACGCUCCAGCGUUUUGAUAAUCAUUCCAAAACCAAUGAGCAGACAGUUCAGGAGAUGUUAAACCUUGCUGUCAAGUAUAAUAAAGCAGUGCAGGAGGAGGAUGAGUUGCCCCCAGAAAAGCUAGCUAUUGCAAAUGUAGGAAGGCAAGAUGCAAAGAAACAUCUCGAAGAGCAUGUCUCGAAUUUGAUGUCCUCAAAUAUUGUCCAGACAUUGGGAACCAUGCUUGACACUGUCGUCUUCUGAAGUUUGUUUCUCAAUAGUCUGCGAUAGUCGUGUUUGAAGUGAAAUAGAAACAUUUCUUUUUCUGCCUUAUUUCUAAUGAGACCUGGUACUUUGUUUUACUAUGUGAUAGCAGCUGUUACACAAUAUGGUUAUGUUAUCUUAAGAUGACUUCAGACAUGUAGUGAUCAUCUUCCCACUGAACCAUUUUCCUAAUUCAACGCCUCUCAAUUUCAAGACCA